UUAUAUGCAAUAAAAAACGUCCUAGACUUUGUAUCUUCUCUCUCUCUCUCUCUCUCUCUCUCUCUCUCUCUGUGUUUUGUUCAUAGUUUCUUCCAAUCCAAACAUGCCUCAUGGAACGCUCGAAGUCCUUCUUGUCAGUGCCAAAGGCCUCCACAACAAUGAUUUUCUCGCUGACAUGGAUCCCUAUGUCAUUUUGACUGUAAGGACCCAAGACAAGAAAAGCACUAUCCUCUCAGGGCAAGGAUCUGAGCCAGAAUGGAAUGAAACCUUUUCAUUCAACGUCUCCGACGAGGUUGAUGAACUUCGUUUGAAAAUAAUGGACAAAGAUAGCUUCAGUGCAGAUGAUUUUGUUGGGGAAGCAACCGUUCCUUUAGAGGCUGUUUUCAUUGAAGGAAACCUUCCACCAACUCCAUACAAUGUUGUCAAUCAAGAAAAGGAAUAUCACGGAGAGAUUAAAGUUGGCCUCACUUUCACUCCUGAGGGAGGCAGCCAUGGUUCUGGAGACUACGGUGGUGGCUCGGAGAGCUAUGGUGGAAGGAAAGGAUCAUCACAUAAAGGAGAGGAAAGCUAUGGUGGUGGUGGUGGGGGCGGCGGCGCCUAUGGUGGUGGUGGUGGCGAUGGUUAUGGUGGUGGUGGCAGUGGUGGCUAUGGUGGUGGACGUGGAAGCGGCUAUGGUGGUGGCGGUAGCGACGACUAUGGUGGCGGUGGAGUCUAUGGUGGUGGACGGGGUGGCGGCUAUGGUGGUGGUGGUGACGGUGGUUACGGUGGUGGUGGUGAUGGUGGCUAUGGUGGUGGCGGCAGCGGUGGCGGCGGCAGCUAUGGUGGUGGUGGUGGCGGCAGCGGCUAUGGUGGUGGUGGCAGCAGCUAUGGUAGUGGUGGGGGUGAUGGCUAUGGUGAUGGUGGCAGCAGCGGCUAUGGUAGUGGACGUGGCAGGGGCUAUGGUGGUGGUGGUGGACGGAAAGAAUCAUCGGAAGCCGAGGAAAGCUAUGGCGGAUGGAACGAAUCUUCUCACCGAGGAUGA